AUGGCAACAACAAAUAUUACUACUGAUCAAUCUUCUCUUCUCAACUUCAAAGCCCACAUAAAUUUAGAUCCUUCACACAUUUUAUCGAAAAAUUGGUCUGUUUCUACUUCUGUUUGUGUCUGGAUUGGAGUUACUUGUGGUCUUCGCCACCAAAGAGUGACUGCCUUGGAUAUUUCUAGCAUGAAUCUUACUAGAAAGGUACCUUCCCAAUUGGGAAAUCUAUCCUUCCUUGUUUCUAUAAACUUAAGCAGAAACUAUUUUCAUGGCAGUGUUCCUCAAGAGCUGAUUCAACUCCGACGGUUAAAAAACAUGCGCUUCAGUUUCAACAAUUUCAGUGGCGAAAUUCCUUCAUGGCUUCAUUUCUUACCUAAAUUACAAGUUUUGAGUCUAAGAGAAAACAGUUUUACUGGUUUCAUUCCACCUUCUUUCUCUAAUAUAUCCAUGCUCCAGCAUUUGGAUCUCUCUUCUAAUCCUCUACAAGGGAAAAUCCCGGAAGACAUUGGAAAUCUUCGUAACUUGAAAUAUCUUGCAUUACAAUAUAACAGACUCACUGGUGUAAUACCAUUGCAGGUUUUCAACAUAUCGACAAUGGAAAUUCUUGGUUUUACAGGAAAUAACUUGACUGAAUGUUUACAACUUCAGAUGCUUUCUUUGUCAGUCAACAAAUUUAGUGGAUCCAUUCCAGGAGAAAUUGGGAGAAUAAGGACGCUUCAGAAUUUAUAUCUUGGUUCAAAUGAUUUGUCCGGUGCAAUUCCAUGUGAGUUGGGUAACCUGGAGAACCUCGAGGGAUUUAGCAUGGGAUUUAAUUUUCUUAAUGGCUCUAUACCGGCGAGUAUCUUUAACAUUUCAUCAUUGCAACAUAUUGAGAUUGGUAGCUGCAACCUAUCUGGUGCAAUCCCACAAGAGAUUGGCAAUGCAAAUUUUUCUGAACUCACUGAGAUAUACCUGUCUUCCAACAAUUUUAAUGGACCAAUUCCAAACUUCCUCGGGAAGUUGAGCUUCAUUGAAAUCGUAGACUUGUCUGAGAACAAUUUCAUUAGUGAAUCUCCAGAAUUGAGCUUCAUCACUUCAUUGACAAGUUGUAGGUAUUUAACAACAUUGGCUUUUGGCAACAAUCCUUUGAAUGGCAUUCUUCCAUUUUCAAUUGGAAAUUUGUCCACUUCUCUUCAAUAUCUUUAUGGUUAUAAUUGUGAUCUCAGAGGUAGCAUUCCAAAUGAAAUUGGCAAUCUCACCAGUUUGAUAACAUUAAGUCUGUUUGGCAAUGAGUUGACAGGAUCAAUUCCAGCAAGCUUGGUGAAUUUGCAGAAGCUUCAAGGAUUAGAUCUGCAUCGCAAUAAAAUAAAUGGAUCUAUCCCGAACUCUAUCUGUGAACUUCACAAUUUAUAUGAGAUAUCAUUGUCAAAAAAUCUAUUAACAGGUGCUAUUCCAGGGUGCAUAGGGAAUAUUACUACACUAAGGUCUUUAUAUAUCUAUACAAACCGACUGACUUCCAGCAUACCUGCAAGCCUGUGGCUCCUGAAAGAUCUUCUGAAGUUGAAUCUAUCUACAAAUAUUUUGAGUGGAUCUAUUCCUCAAGAAAUUGGGAACCUGAAGGUUGCAAUUUUUGUUGAUGUAUCAGCCAAUCAACUCUCAAGUAGUAUUCCAAGCACAAUUGGAGAUUUACAGACCUUGACUUAUCUUUCCUUAGGACAUAACGCACUGCAAGGAUCUAUUCCAGAGUCAUUGGGUAAGAUGCUGAACUUGGAACAACUCAAUCUAUCUCACAACAAUCUUUCUGGUAAUAUCCCCAAGUCCUUGGAGGCACUUGCGCAUCUCACGUACUUGGACGUUUCUUUCAAUGAUUUAAGUGGUGAAGUUCCUUCUGGUGGUCCUUUCAAAAACUUUUCAAGUAAAUCCUUCAUGUCUAAUGAGGGAUUAUGUGGUGAUCCUAUAUAUGGUCUUCCAUCAUGUCCUACUGGUAGACAAAAGAGAAGAAAAGCGAUGCUUGCAGUUGUAUUUUCUUUGUUGGGGAUUACAGUACUAAUUUUCAUCGUCACAGCCUUGGCAUAUGCAAUUGGAAGAUACCGAAGGAAAAAUUUGGAGGAAAAUAGAGUAGACUUUGCACCUGGCACAACUUUAAGGGUCUCGUAUUAUGAACUUUUGCAAGCAACUGAAGGGUAUAGUGAGAGCCAUUUGCUUGGGACUGGGAGUUUAGGCUCUGUCUAUAGAGGGACUCUCAAUAAUGGAAGGGAUGUCGCAGUGAAGGUUUUCAAUUUGCAACAACAAAAUGCAUUCAAGAGUUUUGAAGUAGAAUGUGAAGUAUUACGUAGGAAUUUGUGCAAAGUCAUUAGUACUUGUUCCAAUCCAGAUUUGAAGGCCUUGGUGCUUGAGUACAUGUCCAAUGGAAGCCUUGAGAAGUGGUUGUAUUCAGAUGAAUACGUCUUGGAUAUGUUGCAGAGAAUUAACAUAAUGAUAGACGUAGCAUAUGCAUUGGAAUAUAUUGUUCACUGUGAUUUGAAGCCAAGAGAAAGCAAUGCAUACACUACAACCCUGGGAACAUUGGGUAACAUUGCACCAGAGUAUGGAUUGGAAGGAUCAGUGUCAAUAAGAUGUGAUGUUUAUAGCUAUGGCAUCAUGUUAAUGGAAGUAUUUACACGAACGAAACCAAGCGAUGAAAAGUUUUCUGGAGAUUUAAUCCUAAGGAGCUGGAUCAAUGAUUCUAUGCCCAAUGCAAUAACUCGGAUUAUAGAUUCGAACUUGUUGGGACUAGAAGAACACAACACAAAAAAGUUGAAAUGUUUGUCAUCUGUAAUGGAACUUGCUUUAAAUUGCUCCAUGGAGAGUGCCAGUGAGAGGGGUGGAGCUGGCGCUGGCGCUGGAGGUGGUGGAGCUGGAGCUGGCGCUGCAGGUGGUGGAGCUGGCGCUGCAGGUGGUGGAGCUGGCGCUGGAGGUGGUGGAGCUGGUGCUGGAGGUGGGGGCAGUCGCUGGUGCUGGAGCUGGAGGUUUGGGUGGUCGGUGAUAAUGCCUCCAGUACUUACCCUGGCUCUAGCCUCCUGUGAAUAG